AUAAUAAUAGCACGAUCUCGCCAGUAUUUUGUAUUUUGGCUGUUUUUCUGAAAGUGAAAGUGACAGACACCCACCACGUGCUUUUGGUCGGAUUUUCCUCAUUAUGGUUUCCCUACCCACCUCGACCGGCCCAGCAGGGACUUAUUUCGUUUCGAUAUUUAUGUCAUUUAUUGCUACUCUAGCAGUGGGCUUGCGAUUCAAGUUCAGACGUGUUCGGAAAAUGAAACUUAGUGGAGACGAUUGGACCAUUCUUUGCGCCCUGGUAAGGAAAUUCGGCGCUGAGUAGUCAAUACAGGUGUGCUCACCAAUGAUUGGAUUUUAACGUUGGCAAAAGCGAUAAUGGUGAUAGUUGGUAAGGUUAUUGAUUUCUCCAGAUGCUGGAUUUCGUUUUAAUACAAUUCAGGCACAGCGCAACAUUAUUUUGGCUACCACACUUCAAUCGAUCACGCGACUGGCAAGAUUAUUCGAACUGGAAAAGAGAUCAGCCAGGUCAAGGUAUGUGAACACUCUGUGGCUCUCUUCAAGGUUCUUUUUGCUGAUCAAACACACGAACAGUCCAACCUCUGGGGGCGUUUACUCCUCGCUAUCGCCCUAGGAUUCAUCAAAGUGAGCGUUUUACUAUUCUAUCGACGAGUAUUCCAAGUCAAGCCAUGGUUCAACACAGUAUCCAAAAUCAUCGCAGUGGUUGUAAUACUGUGGUCGGUCACUUUCUCGAUUUCGGGACUGGCCCAUUGCGGCACGCACUUCUCGGCUUGGUGGAACGGCAAUCUAGUCAAAUACUGCAAUAAUACCGCAGUGGAGAAUGUCUGGUUUGGGGUUACAGAUGUAGUGCUCGAUUUGAUUAUUCUAGCUAUGCCAAUCCCCAUGAUCUGGAAACUUCAGCACAUAACAAACAGACAAAAGAUUGGACAGUCGGUUGUGUUUGCACUUGGGCUACUGUAAGACACCUUAUCCUUGGGAAAGGAAAUACGAGCAAAAAUACUGAUGAGAACAGAUCAACUGCUGCUGCCAUGGUAAGGCUUGUAAUUACUGGAUUAAUAGCCCUUAGUCAGUCUCCCACCCUCCGAAAUGCAGCAGGUAUCAUGCCAACUCAAGCUAACUGUCUUAGAUACAAUACCUGGUGCUCGCGAUCUCUUGGGUGUUUAAUCUUUAUUUUCAAUAAGAAAGCUUAUAUGCUAAUGAGAAGUAUAGCUCUUAAUACAACCAAUGCAAUUUGGCAAAUAGUGGAAUUGGGAGCCGCGGUCACAGGAGCUUGUCUCCCUACUCUCCGUCCACUUCUUCAUGGUUACUCACCAGAGAGUGUAGUUGGAAGUAUACGAUCUACCCUUUCAAUUAACUCCGAGGCACGAUCUAUCAGACGAAAGGGCUCAGACGAUGAAAUAGGAGACCUUCAUCCGCUUGACAAGACACGGACUGCAGGUGCCCCUACCGAUAACGAGCGAGUAUAGGUAUACUCUUCAGGUGUUUAUUAUUGCAUAGCUGAAAGUACGGGAACUUUCAAAAUUCCAAUUGCCAAAAAGAUACUAGUGUUCGUAGGGGAUAAUAAGGAUAUAAAGGCAUGGCUUGUAAAUAAGCCUUUUCUUGCAGGAUACGGUUUCUUUUCUCUUCUCAGAUUCGGUGUCUGGAGCUCCACGCGAAAAGCAUCAUUCUUGCUGUCUCUAGAUUUCAAAUCACUUGGGCGAUAGUUUCACCACAUCAGUCCAACUUUGCCGUGGAAAAAA